UGCUUUGUCAACCCCACAGGCUUUAAAAACAACACGGGUUUGCUGUCUUGUUUAUGUGGGUCACAGGACAGACAGGGGACAGAGGUAGACUCGGUCCAGCCAGCCAGGGAGGGACAAUGCGCUCUCUCUCAUCGCUGUGGCUGUACGCGGCCCUGCCAGGUCUGCUGUGGGCUUCACAUGUCACUCUAAUGGUAGAGGGGGACAAUGACGCCUCCAGGAUCUGCCAACCCGCCCCCCACUGGACUAUAAAGGGAAAUGCACCCAUGCAAGAGCUGCUGGGAAAUGUGGUAGUGGUGGCGCUACUGAAGGCCAGCUGACAGUUCUGUCUCACUCAGGCCUCCAAAAUUGGAGCCCUGCGUGGAAAGCUGAACCGAAGCAACCUGACAGAGGUGUCUUUUAUGAUAGUAAAUGAGCGUGAGGCUCAGUCCAGAGCCAUGUACUGGGAGCUGAAGAGAAGAGCGCCCCCUGGUGUUCCUGUAUACCAGCAGGCUCCCCUUCAAAAUGACGUGUGGGAGGCUCUGGAUGGGGACAAAGAUGAUUUCCUGGUUUACGAUAGAUGUGGUCUGCUCACCUUCCAUAUAGUGCUGCCGUACAGUUUCCUGCAUUACCCCUAUGUAGAGGCUGCAAUCAGAGCCACUUAUCAUAAAAACAUCUGCAAUUGCUCUGCUAAUUCUACUUUAUCAAGUGGCAAGAACGGCACCAUGAAGAAUGAGACAACACAGUUGGAUGACAGCCAGACAACUGCAAUACCCACAAUUCAACUGGACACUGAUGAUUCAGAGGUGGGAGACACAGCUCCUGGGGCGACUCAUCACCACCACAGCCAUCCUCAUCAUCAUUCUCCUCAUUCUCAUCAGCACCCUAACACCAGUCACCGGAAUCAGUCCCGACAUCAGCACGAUACCAGCCAGAAUGAAACUCUUCAUCUUCAUCGUGUCAGUCAUCAUCACCACCACCCUCGUCAUCAGCAUCACGGGAUGGAAGUGGAUAAUACGAAUGACAGUUAGAAUACUAGUGUUUUUACUUGCUUCUUUUGUCUUUAGUUAGUUAGGAUGGGUUUACUUAGGAAUAUUUUUACUUUGAUGGCAGAGCAUACAGAUAAACAGCAGUUCAUUGAGCUGUUGAAUGUGUUUAAGCAGUAAUCAGAUUGUGGUUUCUCUGCUGGCAUCUCUACACCUCACUCGGAGUGGAUCAAGUAGCCAGUCCUACCCUGUCUUCUCCCAUUAAUGAAGUCUAUGGAGUAAAACCUGCCUGCAGGAGGCUGUGGAUGGAUGUGUGUGGAGAAACUGGAUGGACUGAUGGUUACUGUCACCCACACAGAGUCAGAGGAUGUUGUAUGCUGCUGCUGAGCAAACCUUAGUCAGAUUGCUGUCCAAACAUUUUCCUUCCUGUUCAGUUUCUGCUUCUCUUAAUCCUGUCUUGUGCAGGAUCUGGAGGUGCUAUGCUAUGCUAUUACAUUACUCUGAGUGCAUAACAUGAGCUUCAGCUGCUGUACUUAUACUAUUCUGUUGAAUGUGUACAAGUAUUCUGGGAAGUGGUAUGAUAAAUUAGAUCAGUAUACUAAUCCAAUGAAGUCAUUAGAUAUAAUAAAUCACAAAAGCAAAUGCAGCACUUAGCUGUAUAAUAUACUGUAUUACUGGACUAACAUAGUGUACAUUGAUCCAUUUAAUCAAUUUGACAUAUUUGCUGUAGAUUUGAAACUUUAUUACAUUACUUUAAUGCUUUUCAAUUAACUAUCUGAA